GAGGGAACCAAUUCACAGUCCUGAUCAGAACUUUGUUUCUUUAAUCAUUAAUGAGGAUUUUUGAUCCAGGUUUUACAGGACUGACCCACUUUAGGAUUACCUGACCUGUUGGAUCAGCUCUGGCGGCCGAAUUGGACAUUAUUCCCACCUUAUCAGCUGCUGUUAGGCAGAAGAGACACACCUGGACCUAUACGUGUUGACCUCGGCACUCCAUCAUGAGUGGACACGGGGAGGGAAGCAGGAGAGAAGGGAGUUGCGGGACCGGGCUGUCCCACAACGCCAAACCAAACCAGCCUGCACAGAACCGGAAAGAGGACUUCUUCCGGAAGGCACGGCCUCAGAAAGUUAGGCGGUCCAGGAGCACUGACUCAGAGAGGGCCGAGCGAGGGAGGAGAAGAGAGAAGGAUGGGCACCGUGGGGGGAGACGUCCGAGGGGACGCAGCGAGGAAACCCAGAGACGGGACAGGAAGGAAGGAGACCAAAGGCAGGAGAAGCCCCCUGUGGACACUGUGGAGGACACAGAGUGUGCGGUGUGCUUCUGCUCCUAUAACAACAUCUUCAAGACCCCCAAGCUGUUGGCGUGCGGCCACACCUUCUGCCUGGAGUGUCUGGCCCGCAUCAACGUCACCUCCUCGGAGAUCAAGACCCUUCCGUGCCCCGUUUGCCGAGUGCUCACUAAGCUGCCGCACGGCCGGGACCUGCCCCGCCUGGGCAACAACAAGGACAUCAUCGGACAGCUGCCGGCGGAGAUGCAGAGGGCGUUUUCCAUCCGCUUCCAGCGCAGCAAGGGCAAGCUCUUGCUGAAGCACCCCCCUGCCAACAGCAAGCCCAGCGUCCUCUCCUUCCCUCUGAAGAAGCACGACCCCCAGCCAACUGCAGCCAACCUGAACGCUGUGGAGCAGGGGGUCGGCCCGACUACCGUGGUGGACGUUGGAAGACCUCCAAACAGGAUGAGAGGUCACAUCCGCCACUUGUUCAACUCAGACCGAUGCUACUACGCCGUGGUGGCGUCCAUCAUCACCAUCACAGUGGCACUGAUGCUUUUGGGGAUUCUUGCCUUCGUGAUCAUCCCCAACGUAACGAUUUACCAUGGACCAAGCCCUGGGAACUGGACAAAUACCUCUCCACAUGGGGGUGGAGAGGGCAUGGAGCCCUGAGAGGGCAAAGGGUGUGAAACGGUGAAGGAAGAACGCUUAUGGAAAAUGAAGAAGAACAUGGAUGGCAGCAUUUUUCCAGCAGAAGACAGACAGGCUGUGCAUGAAUGAAGGAACUAGAACAAAGCUGCAGCUUGUUUCUGUCUCUGUGCUGAAUGUGAAAGUCAGAACUGUGAGAAACAAGGAAUAAGAAGCUCCAGAUGUUAAAUAGCACUAAAGGUGGGGAAUUAAAUGUGGGUUGGAUCACUCCAGACCGGUGUGUUCCUCCUCAGAGGCUCUUCCUUAUUUAUUCUCAACUUGUUCAUACCUAUAAAUGAUCAAUCAUUCACUUUAGUGGUUUAUUUAUAACAUCCUUGAUGCAGCCAAUCAGGGCGACCAAAGCGCUUUACAAUCAAAAACAAUGAAGGACAUAGAGAUAAACAAAACAUAUACCUAUAAAUGAUGCAUAUAUAUUUUUAAAAAGAAGCACAUUUAAUAAAGACAUUUUUAUUACAACUUAAAAUCUGAUUUAUUUGAAUUAUGUUAUAACUGCCUGAUUACACAGACCUCCUGUUUUCAUGAGUCAGAACUGAUUUGAAAGAUUCUUUUUACUGUCUAGUGUUGUUAACACACCUGUUCAGAGCGAUUUCCGCCCAGGUUGGCCAGCCUGUUUGACUGCAUGUCGUCCAGCUGUCUGAUGCCGAGUGGAUGAUCCGUGUCAACAGAACAGCUGCGGGAAUGUCAUCUGGGUUCAGCGACCUCAUCAAAAGCCCUCAUUACAGGAACAACAUUUGAAAUACAUACACGUUCUUGUAAUUUCAGCUAUGUUUAAGUCUGGACUUUGACUAGGUCAUUGCAACAUCGCAGCAGCAGUAGCCUAGUCCCAGUACUCUUAUGGACCCAGUCCAGGUGGUGGGAAACAGAAGGACUCUAGCAAAGAAAGCAUCAUUGUUGGACAAUGUCUCCCACCUAGUGCCUGAAGCUGUUCCAGACCUGGAGAGCUCCUUCAGUGAUAGACUGCUGCAUCCUAGGUGCACAAAGGAGCGUUAUCACAGAUCCUUCCUCCCAGCAGCUAUAAGGCUUUCUAACUAUCACUGCUCCCAACAAACUCAUAAAGUUGUUUACAUCUUUGCUGAUAUUUUCAGUUUAUUCAGUUCUUGUAGAUAGUCUCUAGUUUUUCUGCACAUAUAUUUAGGCACACAUUUUAAACCACAGUAUGUUGUUGCACAUUUCUUUUAUCUGAGCAUGCUCCUUUUAAUAACUACAGUAUUUUUUUAUGUUGUAAACUUUGCCCUUGCUGUACAGUCUCUCUACUGCUUCUUGUAAUCUAAAUCCCUCCUGCGUCACAAUAAAGGACAUUUCUAUUUCUACCUCCAUUCUUCUUGUUUUCAGCCGUUCUGCUGCAGAUCUGCUGCUGUGUUUGGGAUCAGUCUUCUGUUGACCCAUUUUAGACCAAGCUUCAGCUUUCUGACAGCUGGCCUCACAUUUGACCCUAUAGUACAGAGGCUGUGUAUAAUGGUCAGUCAUCUCUACCUUGGUUUCGUCUGUGUGAAAUCUUUCUUCUGGUCUGUUUCUAACUGUCCUGUCAUUAACUUUAACAUUUAACAUGGUAAUUUAGGCCUGUAGCGUCUCAGAUGGAGCUUUGGGAGGUUUGUCAUUUCUCAGAACAUUGUGCACACUGACAUGGGUCUGAAUCUGCUGGGACAUCCCCUCCUAUGAUGAUUGGCAGCUGUCUGAGAUGUUCCCACUUGUUUCCAGACAUGUUCCUCUGUAGAAUAAUGGACUUUAGAUCAUUUGGAACCUCCUGGAUCGAUGGACAGUAGUAGUUGUUUCUCUAAGUUCAUUGCUAAUAUCUUUCCAUCUUGGCAUUAUGUUACACACCUGCAUACCUCAAACUAUCAAACCUCCUGCACAUUAUGAUAUUAUUUAAAAGUACGAUGUAAAACCUUAAAAUUGUAAUAUCUUAUUUUGUAAUCUAUAAUAAUCUCUAAGAUUCUGUGUAAUUUCAAAUGUCUAGAAACUUCAUUACAAGGCAGCUGUAAUAGGAAAUGGAAAAGUGCUUAUGAAACUAGUAACUAUUUUUAUAUAUUAAACCAGGAACAUAAGCAGGUGUCUUGCAUAAAUGAUUCAAACAACAACAUGGUGCGUUACAAAAGGAGUUGGAUCUAGACUUUAUUUCAUAUUUUCUCAAGUUACAACCUCAUACUUCAAUGUAUGUCAGUGUGACUGACCUGCAGGUACAGCUGCGGGUCUUGAGGGGUGUAUCUCUACCAGAGUGACAUCUAUAUACUGAGAUGAGCUGGUCUGGGAUCAGAUAUAGGUUUAUUCUGUUUCCACAGAUCUGACCAAUGAAUGGGUGAUGAACAGGCUGCUGCAGCUUAUAAUGGCCUGCUGAGGAGAUACUGCAAUCAUUUCAAUCAGUUGUUCUGGAGCAGAGACAUCUAAACAUGCAGAACAAUGGACCCUGUGGACUUUUCAACUUAUUGUUUGCAGAAAAAUUUUAAAAAAUUUAUCUUUAAUCUUCCACUUUAUAAUUAUGCUCUACUUUGUGUUGGUCCGUCACACAGAAUCUCAGUGGAACACGUGUAGGUGAAGUUUAAGGGGUGGGAAUACUUUUUUAAGCCACUGUAUGGAUGUGUGGAUAGAGUUUAAUAUGAACACCUCACAUUGGACCUUAAACAACUUGGAUUUUGUGCCUCUUCACUUUCCUCCAGACUCUGAGACCUUGGUUUCUAAAUGAAAGGAAAACAUUACUGCAACAGUCCAGUUCUUUUACUGCUUAGCUUCUGCAGAGGUCUCUGGUUCAUUAUGGUCUGAACCACAGGUGUCAAACUCCAGAUCUUAAGGUUCCUGCAGCUUUUAGACGUGUCUCUCUGACAACACACCUGAAUCACAUGAUUAGGUCAUUUGCAGGACUCUGUAGAACUUGAGUUCAUGAUGAGGGAAUUCAGUACUUUGUUUUAGGCGUGUUGGACUGCCAAAUCAGAAGGUUACAGGACACCAACCCUAGAGGAGUGGAGUUUGACAUCCCUGGACCACAACAAAUGUGACUUGUUGCCCAUGUUCUGGAUACCUCUGUGUGUGUGUGUGUGUGUGUGUGUGUGUGUGUGUGUGUGUGUGUGUGGCGGCUCUGGAAGCUUGUGAUCCUCACCCAAAAUCUUCAUUUUUUUCCUUCACAAUUCUCUCAAGGCUACAAUUGCUUGGUUACCUGAUUCUACCUCAGUUUUUCCUUCCACUAACCUUUCCGGUAAUAUGGUUUGACAACCCUCUGAAAAAUCGCCUUCUUUGGCACUGACCUUUUGUUGCUCAUCAGCCAUAACAACAUUUCUGUACUAGAAAUCCAGCUGUGAACAGUAAUCAUCAUGCAGCGCUCUGUGUAUUAAAUCAGAUAUUCGCUUUUUUAAUUAAAUAUUUAAAUAAACCAACUCUUAGAGUUUAAUGAUGGAGUUGUAUAUUCCGUGCUACUGUUAAAUAAAAUGUGUAUGAAUGCUAAGCUGAGACCUUUGACCCAGUUUUAUUUGGUGCCGAGUCUCAUGACAGCUUCUCCUUGAAGACACACCCCUCUGAGCCCCCCCACUGUGCCUACAAACUGGAACAAGGUCGAAGAGCCCCCCAGCCCUCCUCUGGUCCCCUCCUUUAACCCAGUUUAACUUCUCCAGGCCUCAUUAUGUGACUUUCUGCUCGGCUGAAGACCUCCAGGACAAACUGAGACCUUCUCACCAUGGCUUCCACCCCCUCCGCCUCGGCCCUGUCCGCCGUGCUCCGCUGCAGGGGGAAUAUCUGGACCAGGAACCCGCAGACCAAGCGGCCUGCCUCGGCGGCGUACAGCCUCGGACUGGCCGGCGGAACGCUCAGCGACUCCCCGGCAGAGCGCAGCGGAUCAUCCAGGGGGUCAGAGUGGAGGAUUCUCCGCGGAGGAGAUCGUUUGGUGUCGGUAGGAGGACUCUCUGUCUCCUGCAGGUGGGAUACUGGAGAGAAUGAAGCCCCAACAGAAGACAUUUUUAGGAAAAAUUAUAAAUUAUGUUUUUCCAAACUUUUCCAAUCUUCACAAUCUGCCGCCCCCAGUGGCCAAAACGCGCUACUGCGCCAGCUGCUGUUCACCCUGUCUUCUACCCUGCAGGGAGGAGAUCUCUCCCAAAUAAUCCACCUCAUCAUACCUGCAACAUCAGCUACACAAAGAGUGUCUGCGCAGGGCCACCGGCACCUUCCAGCCGGCGUCCUGAAGCUCUCCGUCACCAUCAACUCUCAGUUGAAGGUGCAAAACCCCUUCUCAUCCCUCACCUCAUUGGUGUCCUGCCUCAUUUUUUCAAAAGGACAGAUGCACCAACAGAUGAAAAGCAUCAGCACCGAUUUACCACAGGAAAACGCACAGAUCCAAAAGUCAUCAGAAAACAGUUGCGAUUCUGGAGGAGAGAUGACCCAUGACCCACCUGACUGAGUUCCAGAGAACCAGACUCCACCCUAUCAUUGAUCUGCUUGGUUUGGGCUUUAACUUGCCGAUGCAGUCAAGCAAGUUGUCAUGCAACAAAACGAUGACAAACAGAGAUCUAGUAAAACAUUUAAUGAAAUUAAAAA